AUGCGACUUUUCGGCACUCCGCUACUCCGCGGGAGCCUUCACUGUUUGCGUGCCAUCCAACAUGUGCCGUGGGUCGAAACUUUCGGCCCGGGGGUGCCUUCCGGAAGCAUUUUUCGAAGCCGACGGCCUCCUCUAGCCACUUGCGCCAUGCCUGCCAACCUGAAGCAACGCGCUAAGCGUGCGCUGGUGACCUUGUUGCUGGCUCUGGCCGGUGCCUACGGGCUGCAGGUGACCCUCACGCGGGAGUCGACAGAUGUCGAGGUGACGCGGGUCUUCCGGCGAGUGUCCAUCAAGGUGCAUCCCGACAAGGGCGGCGCAGCCGCAGACGCGCAGCGCCUGAAUGCUGCAAGGGAUGCGUGGGUCCAGGCGAGCCAGGGCACAAAGCCGCCAGGCCGACCUGCCCAUGCGCAGGCAGGGCCAGUGUCCGCAAGCAGUGCCGUCACUAACGGGCGCGAAGGCUUGCGCAUUCGCUCCGAGGCGGUGCUCCUGACAUAUCAAAGCUGGCCGGCCGGGGAGGCGCCUGGUGCAUGGCAGCGGUUCUGCGUCUUUGUGGCCGCCUCGGUGACGGCGUGGACUGUCAAGCACUGGGCGGCGACGAUGGAGCAGACCUCUGGCGGCGACUGCCACCUGCACCUCAUGGUCCAAUUCACUUCUGCAGUGGACUGCGGCUCCGCCCGCUUCAUCUUUGAGGGUGUGCGACCCAACGCCAGCCCCAACGACUACCUCGGCGAGGGCGUCUGCCGCAAGAAGCUGCAGCAGUCCAUCAACCGCGGCAUGUUCUACGUGUGGGCUGACAAGGUGGGGACGCUGCGCUUGCCUUCCGGCGAGACUUGCGUCGCGGCCAACUACGAGCCAUGCUGGACUGAGGCUCGGCGAACCUACCAGGUCCUCGGAAAAUGGCCAGAAGCACUGUGGAAACAGCGGAAGCUGACAUCGGCCAAGUACGAGCAGUACCUUUUCCUGACGCGGGACGGGGUUCUGGCACGGAAGCGCAACCUGGAUGCAGUUCGCGAGCAUGAGGCCGCCCUGGCUGACGCCGCCCUCAUCGAGGCCACCACGAAGAGGCUUCGAGCGAACCCAGAGGUGUACCGGGCUUUCCCGGCAGUGCCCGCGGCAGAAGCAUGGUUGGCGACCUUUCGUGAAGAUCGACUACGCUAUCCACUGCUCAUCGUCCACGGGCCCUCCCAGACAGGGAAAACAGAGUGGGUGAAGUCCUUGUUCAAGCGCGCGCUGGAGCUCAAAGUGGGGAGUCUCGACAUCUUCCCAGAGGGGAUGCGCGCCUUUGACAGGGACACCCAUGAUGGCAUCAUCCUGGACGAUGUGAGGGACCUGAAGUUCAUUGCGGAGCACCAGGACAAACUUCAGGGCAAGUACGACACGCGUGUCGAAUUUGCCACGACUCCUGGCGGCACGUGCGCGUACCGGAAGUACCUCUUUGCGGUGCCUGUGGCAGUCACCAUCAACAACAGCACACGGAACCUGGACUUCCUGCGCGCGCAUGACUGGCUCGGCUCCGAGCGCAACCGCGUCCUCGUCCACUUCCCUGACAUCUUGGCACAGGUCUGA